AUGCCUCCCACGUGGUCCGUCCUGACGCCCGCGCCGCUGCCGUCCCAAGCGCGUCAAGAGCAGCAUCACCACCACCACCGCCGCAGCACCGCCACCGCCACUCGCAACGAGAAGCCCCGGACCGUCUUUGUCCGCAUGCAGGACCGCGCCGGGACCGUCGCCAUCGACGUGACGCCCGCGCUCGCGUCCCCCACUGCGCUGCUCGUGCGCUUCCAUGAAGUGGCGUUUGGCAAGUCCUUUGCUGCGUUUGCUGCGAACUCCGAGCUCCUCACGCGUCGAGACGCGCACGAGACGCUCGUCACGAGUCUCGACGACGUGCGAGACGGAGACGUGCUCGUGUAUACCCCGUGCGAGGAGCUCCGUACCCUCGUGGCCCAAGGCUGUGUAACCCCCGUGCUGGCCUCAGGUCCCUCGCUGCCGGUGCCGCACGUGAGUCCACCGCGCUCUCCCACAGGCUUGGGGCUGAAACGCAAGGGACGCGCCAAGUCCGUGACGAACAGUGUCGAGCGCGUGCAUCGCUAUGCCUCGGAGUUACGGCACAUGGACGUGUCGGUGCAAGAGCGCGAACACAUUGAAGAGAUGCUCAUUGUCGGGGACGCACAGGUCGUGGACGCCAUGGAGCACUUUGUCGUGCACCGGAAUUCCGCCUGCGUGCGGCGGGUGCUGCAUGGACCUGCCGCUACGAAAAAGACUGUGACGGCACUCGAGCACUUGUCGCAGGACUUUUCGUCCUUGGACAUGCGGUCCACGUCGUUGACGUCACCGGUUGCUGACUUUGACGACCCGUUCUUGAUGGGUACACAAAAGGCGUUGCCCCGAGCAGCAGCAGCAGAAGAGGAGAAAAAGCAGCGGCCGCUGCUCAUGCAGUUGGACGACUUUUCGACGACAAGAGCUCCUGAAAUCGAGCGUCCAUCGCUCGUGCUGAACGGCGACGUGCUGUCGAAUGCACCUACAUAUCUGCAGCCGAUCAAAGAAAAGGGGACACCGCCAUCGGGACGCAUGUCGCUGUCGCUAUCGGACGAUCUGGACCCGAGCAUGAACACACAAACGCCGAUGCAGCUUUUUUCGAUUGAAAAGAUGCUGGACGGCGUACCAGUUGCACGAGACUUUUAUGACCAGUAUACCGUGGGCGCGGUGCUGGGAUCCGGCAAGUAUUCAGUCGUCAAGCAGUGUACAAAGAAGCAGACGAGCGAGCAGUUUGCAGUGAAGAUCAUCGACAAGCGGCAGAUGAUUGAGAUCCGGUUCCUCAAGCGUGAGCUGGAAAUUAUGUAUGGUCUGCGGCAUGACGGCGUCGUGCGACUGCUUGAGCUUUUCGAGAGCAACGACUGUGUAUUUCUGGUCAUGGAGAUGUGCGGCCAGGAACUUUUCGAGUUUAUCGAUCGCAACGGACCACUGCCCGAGUCUAUUACGCGUCCUCUUGUUCGCAAGCUCGUGCGCACAGUCGCGUAUUUGCACGCAGAAUGUAUUGUGCAUCGCGACAUCAAGCCGGAGAACAUCCUUCUACCUGCGUGCAGCCAAGACGUGAGCGACAUUAAGCUUUCAGACUUUGGCAUUGCGCGGAAACUUGAAGGCAACGGCCAGGACAAUGUGCUUACUCCUCACGAGAGUUUAUCGGAGGUAGCAAACCUUCUUGACGCGCCGGGCACAAACGCUUCGGGCUUGCCGUCUUCUACGGACAUGGUGCGCAACCGAAUGGCUCGAGCACACACCAAGUGCGGAACACGCGACUACAUUGCGCCUGAAGUGAUGAGUGGCAAGGGCUAUGGCACGGAGGCCGAUCUCUGGAGCGUGGGCGUGGUUACGUAUGUGCUGGCAAGCGGAUCAGCCCCUGUUUUCUUGCCCACGGUCGAAGGAGUGAAGAAGGUCUUUUUCUCGGACGAAGCGUGGAAUGGUGCGUCUGACGACCUCAAGCACUUCAUUGAAGCUCUACUUGUGCGUAACCCGGAGAAGCGCAUCACAGCUGCUGACGCGUUGAAACACCCGUGGUUGAUGGAGUAA